GAAAGGACUUGGGCAUCAAUGCCCAGCAAGCAGCCCCUCGGCCCGUCGCCGCGGUCCGUCUACCGCCGCGCACGCGCGCUGCACGCCGCUUGGGACAUCGCCCACGGUCUCGGCGUGUGCGCGGUCUCGCUCUACCUCCUUGCGCGGCAGCGCGACCCCGCCCUUGUCGGCGGCGGGUGCGAGCCGCUGCAGUGCCGCGUCGGCGCCGUCUGGCGCGCGGCGUCCGCCGACCCGCUCGAGGCGGCCUGCGCCUGCUUCACCAACUUUUUCUUCGUCUCGAUGUGCGGCAACUCGCCCGCCGCGUGGGCGGCGGCGCUCUGGUUCGCGAGCGUGGACGAGGUGGCGUGGGGCGCGUUUGCGGCGGGGGUGGCGGCGCGCUGGGGCGACCUGUACGACGGCGGCGCCGGCUACGCGUACGGCGUCUGCACCUUCCUCUUCUUCCUUGUGCCGUACCUCCUCCACGGCGCCCUCCUCCUCCCUCUCGAGCUCUGGAGCCCGGCCGUCGCCGCAGGGACUCCGUACAAGCUCCAGCCGCAGAGGAGGGUCGACGCUGGCCGCAUCCCGCGCGUGGUGGCCGUGUCUGUGCUCGAGCUGUGCUUGGUCGGGCUGCCCUACGUGCUCGCCCUCGCCCACCUCUCCGUCGCAUCGCGCGGCGAGCGCGGCGUGAGGCUGGAGGGGGCCCUUCCCAGCUACGCGGAGCGCGCGUGGAUGCUGCUCGCUCAUCUGUUGGUCAACGAGGUGCUCUUCUUCUACGCCCACUGGGCGCUGCACCAGGGCCCCCUCUACCGCCGCAUCCACAAGAUCCACCACGAGUUCACCGCGCCGUUUGCACUAGCCGCCGUGCACGCCCACCCGCUCGAGCUCCUCACGGCGGACUUAGUCCCCUUCACCGCCGGCUUCGUCCUCUUCCGGCCUCACAUCUUCUUUGUCUUUUUGUGGAUCGUCGGCGCUGCCCUCGGCACCCAGACGCACCACUCGGGCUACCGCCUCCCCUGGAUCGCAGCCUUCGACGAGCAGCCAGACUUCCACGACUUUCACCACCAGCGCUUCAGCUGCUGCUACGGCAACAUCGGCUGGCUCGACUCGCUGCACGGCACAUCGAGGCCGUACCGCGAGGCUCAGGCGGCGGCCGAAGCGAGGCGAGACAAGGCGCAGGACCGGUGGGAGGAGGAGCGGGAAGAGCGGGAGGAGCGGGAGGAGCGGGAGGCGAGGCGGGGGCAGCGGUGCCGUGCGUCCGCCACCAAGGCCGCCGAGGCGGAGGUGGAGGAGGAGGGGGAGGAGGAGGCGGGGGCGGCGGCGGCGGGCGCCAAGCGGCGGGCCGCCGCGCGCGUCGCGCGGCCUCGCAACUGGCCGCUCUCCACGGCGCUCAGCACGGCGGUCGGGCUGCACUCGCCGCUCGAGCAUGGCUGAGUUCUGGACUCGGCGGGUGGCUGUGUGGCAGGGUGCGCGCGGGCGCGCCGGCAGCUGCCGGCAGACCCAGACGGCGCAGCCGCGUCUGAUCAUGCGGGACGAAGACGCCACGGGGUGGUGGGGGGGUGGCGGGUGCAUUGUAGGAUGUAGGAGUAGGUCUGGCUGAUUGACUGAUAGGUUCAUAGGAAGGUCCCUGUCGCGCUAUCUCUAGCGCAAGGGUCGAGGGAGGGGGCGAGUUUGAGAACUCUACAUCUACUGUUUU